GGACUGCCAAGUGUGUACAAAAGUACGUACUCCAAAGUCCAAAGCAAAAGAGCUUCGCUUCGGAGUUUGGACUGUUCGCUUCGCCGGAGCAUCACGGCCAGUCUAACUUCAGCCAUGGCGGAUCCCUACCAGAGAUACGCUGCUCCGCCGGAACGAGGUAGUGUAGCAAAGUCCAAUUUUCCUGGUUACUUAUCAUCCGAAGCACCAUCGUUGCUUUCGAAUCACACUUUUGCCCCUACUGAAUUGAGAAGCUAUUCUUCGGAUUUUCUGCUGAGAGAUAAAUCGUUGGGGUCUGUGCCGUAUGGUGUAGAUGAUAGUAGAGUUCGUUCUGAUUCGGGUGUUGGGGUGACAGCAGGGUCUAGCCUAUAUGAUCCUCUGGAAGAUACUUAUCGAAGCCAGAGACGGGAUAUUGCGAUGAGGUCAAUGACGCCUGGGGUUUAUGGUGUAGAUGCUGUGAGUGUUAGUGUUCGUGCUGAACCUCGUCUUACUGUAACAGCAGGGGCUGGUUUUCCAUCUCCUUUACAAGCUCAGACUUUAUUAAACCAAAGACAUGAGGUUGGAGCUGGCAUUGGCUCAAGUGUUUCUACUGACUUCAGUAGAGAAAGGUCUGUGCCUUCGAGGAGUGGUGAUGGUCUCCCAGUCCUGAAAGGGGAAUCAAACAUUUUGUUUGUGGAUGGACUUCCCACUGACUGUACCAGAAGAGAAGUAGGCCAUCUAUUUCGUCCAUUCAUUGGCUUUAAAGAAAUCAAAGUAGUUCACAAGGAGCCUAGACGCAGUGGAGAUAAGGCAAUGGUUUUAUGCUUUGUGGAGUUUGUGGAUCCAAAGUGUGCUUUGACUGCUAUGGAAGCUCUACAAGGUUACAAGUUUGAUGACAAGAAACCUGAUUCCCUUCCAUUGAGGAUCCACUUUGCACAUUUUCCUUUCCGUCUACCAUCUGAUUCCGAUCAGAAACGAAGUGGAAUCCGACACUGACGAAAAAAUGACCGGUAUGAAAUCCCUUGUCUUCGUCCAGAGACGAGCAAAUCUUUUCAAUACUGAGUCAGUGAAUUGUGUAAAUCAACAAUUAGAUGUAUAUGUAGGUUGUGGCAUGAUACAUGAGCAGCGAGCUCGAUACAAAGGAUGGCCUUAUAUUGACUUGGCCCACAGACUUCGAACCACUUAAUUGUUGUAGUUUAGGAAAGGAUUGCGAAAGCUGGCCGUAGCCUGUCUGAUGACGUCUUUAUUUGAACUACCUUUUGAAUUCUUUA